AUGUUCGACUCGUCGCUGAAAGCGCCGACAUUCAGCGUGCUGUCCCCGUGGGCAUUUUACAUCAACCACAUCAACAAUGAGUUCAUGCACCUGAAGCAGUCUUCAUCAACCGGCUUGGCUGGUCCAUUGAGUCAAGUGGCUGUGAAGACAGUCCAUUCCGAUCAGAACUCCAUCGGCCACUCCCUUUCCAACGGAAGUGUCGCCUCAACCACAUCAGAUGACGUCGACCCGGAACAGCCGAGACACUCCAAUAAGGAAAACUCGGAGAAAGUUGGUGCUCAGCAGAAUGGGCGGCUCCCGGCGGCGCCAAAAGACGAGAACGAGCCGGUGAGGGUGAGGAGCCAGCCGAAGGAGCAGAAGGCCCAGGCUCACAGCCGGAAAAUGAGCGAUGGAGAGGUGCUGGAAGAGCUGCGCCAGAUCGUCAACCCCGGCAACCCGCUCGACAAGUACGAGACGAAACGGCAGAUUGGCGUCGGUGCCUCGGGUACCGUAUUCGUGGCCACGCGACGGGGAUGUCAGGAUGUGGUGGCCGUGAAGAGGAUGGCGUUCAAGUCGCAGCCGAAGAAGGAGAUGCUCUUGACUGAGAUUAAAGUCAUGCAGCAGUAUAAGCAUCCGAACCUGGUCAACUACAUCGAGUCAUACCUCGUCGACGCCGACGACCUCUGGGUGGUCAUGGACUAUUUGGAGGGCGGAAACCUGACCGAUGUCGUCGUCAAGACCGAGCUGGACGAGGGUCAAAUCGCGGCAGUGUUGAGGGAAUGCCUACGAGCACUUCACUUCCUGCACGAGCACUCAAUCGUGCACCGCGACAUCAAGUCCGACAAUGUGCUCCUCGGCAUGGACGGCGCCGUCAAGCUGACCGACAUGGGCUUCUGCGCCCAGAUUCAGCCCGGCAGCAAGCGUGAUACGGUGGUCGGGACACCCUAUUGGAUGUCGCCGGAGAUCCUCAACAAGAAGAAGUACAACUACAAGGUCGAUAUCUGGUCACUGGGGAUUAUGGCGCUGGAGAUGAUCGAUGGGGAACCGCCGUAUUUACAUGAGACGCCUUUGAAGGCCAUCUACCUGAUCGCCCAAAAUGGCAAACCCGAGAUCAAGAAGCGCAACGAGCUCAGCACCGAAUUCGUCCACUUCUUGGACAGAUGCCUAGUGGUGGACCCGGACUGCCGAGCAGACACCCAAGAGCUUCUUGCCCACCCCUUCAUCUCUCGUGCCAAACCCCUAACCGCCCUCGUCCCCUACAUCAAGGCCGUCAAGGAGCUGAAGGAGAAGGGGAAA